CUGUUUGCCUAUCCAAACACAUGUGGCUCUCUCUCAUCACUUCCAACUUUCCCAUUCCAUUCCGCCUACAAAUACCAAUACCCCUUCCUUCAUCAAUUUCCCGUCAACUCCCCCCAAAUUACAGAAAUUAUAUUUUUAAAUAAAAUAUAAAAACACAACCAAACAACGGACCAUGGGAGUGGUAGAAGAAGCCCACAACAUCCGGGUCGUCGGGUCGGGCCAGCAAACCGUAGUCCUGGCCCACGGGUUCGGCACGGACCAGUCGGUGUGGAAGCACCUGGUCCCGCACCUCGUCGACCAGUACAAGGUCGUCCUCUACGACAACAUGGGCGCCGGCACCACCAACCCCGACUACUUCGACUUCGACCGCUACGCCUCCCUCGACGGCUACGCCUGUGACGUCAUCGCCAUCCUCGACGACCUCCGUGUCCCCAACUGCAUCUACGUCGGCCACUCCGUCUCCGCCAUGGUCGGCCUCCUCGCCUCCAUCUCCCGACCCGACCUCUUCACCAAAAUCCUCACAAUCUCAGCCUCUCCGAGGUAUUUGAAUGAUCCGGAGUAUUUUGGGGGUUUCGAGCAGGAGGAGCUUCUGGAGCUGUUCGAAGCGAUGAGGUCUAAUUACAAGGCGUGGUGCGCCGGCUUCGCCCCGCUGGCGGUCGGCGGCGACAUGGAGUCGGUGGCGGUGCAGGAGUUCAGCCGGACGCUGUUCAACAUGCGGCCGGACAUAGCGCUCAGCGUGGCUCAGACAAUCUUCUAUAGCGAUGUACGGCCGCUGCUGCGCCACGUCACCGUGCCGUGCCACAUCAUCCAGAGCGUCAAGGACCUGGCGGUGCCGGUGGUGGUGUCGGAGUAUCUCCAUCAGCACCUCGGCGCCGCGUCGAUCGUCGAGGUCAUGUCGACCGACGGACAUCUGCCGCAGCUCAGCUCGCCGGACGUCGUCGUCCCGAUACUGCUCAGGCAUAUACGGUACGACAUUGCAGCUGCCUGAUUAGUAAUUAAUUAAUAUAUUAAUUAUUGUUUUUUUUAAAAAAAUAUAUAUAUUAAUUGUUGUUGGUUGGGUUUUAUUUAUUUGUGCUUCUAGAGUUUGCUUUUUUUAUCUAAUUAAAUUUGGGUGUAAUAUUGUUUGUACAAAUUGUUGGCUGGUGAGAUGUAAUGGAGUGUUAUUUCAAUUUU